CCCCUUCUCCCACACCACAAGUGACGCUUCCAUUCCCUGCUCCUACCCUCAGCCAUAUUGAAAGUGCAGUUUCUGAGUUUGGCUGCACGGGAAGGAGGCAGAACAACGUACAAGUGACGCUUUUUGAAUUUGGAAUUUAAAUAUUUUAUCCGUUGGAAAACUAACUUGAGAUUGUCUACAGUCUACAGCCGUCGAUCGUUUGCGUUGAGGCAUCUGAAAGAUGGUGGACCGCUUGGCCAAUAGUGAGGCCAACUCUAAGCGAAUCGGGGUCGUGGAAGCAUGCUUUGGCACAGCAGGACAACCGUUGGCCAUCCCAGGUCGAGUGCUCAUAGGAGAGGGUGUUCUCACAAAGCUGUGCCGCAAAAGGCCCAAAGCGCGACAGUUCUUCCUCUUUAACGACAUCCUGGUGUACGGCAACAUCGUCAUCCAGAAGAAGAAGUACAAUAAGCAGCACAUCAUCCCUCUGGAGAGCGUCACCAUAGACACUGUAGAGGAUGAGGGCGACCUCCGCAAUGGCUGGUUCAUUAAAACACCCACCAAAUCCUUUGCCGUCUACGCCGCCACAGCAUCAGAGAAGUCUGAGUGGAUGAGCCACAUCAGCAAGUGCGUCUCGGACCUACUAGAAAAAAGCGGGAAAUCUCCCACCGGUGAGCACGCAGCUGUCUGGGUGCCUGACUCUGAGGCGACCGUGUGCAUGCGCUGCCAGAAGAUCAAAUUCAACCCCGUUAACCGGCGCCACCAUUGCCGGAAAUGCGGCUUUGUUGUGUGUGGCCCCUGUUCAGAGAAGAAGUUCCUGCUUCCCAGUCAGUCGACCAAGCCUGUGCGUGUGUGUGAGUUCUGUUACAAGCAGCUCUCCUCGGACUCCUACAGCCAUCUGGAGAUUUCCGGCAACAACAUCUCGGACGACGACGACGAUGAUGACAGCAGUGACUGAGGGUCACUUUUAGGAAUAUUGACAACUGAUCUACUGAUCAUAUCCCAUUAUAAUAGUCUAAUAUUCAUUCAGGGUUUUCAAAGGUUCCUGUGGCGAUAACACUUUUGAUUAGAGACCCCCGUGCAUAUGAACAAAAGGUUUGAUGGGAAUUGUUCCUGCGUAUUAAUGAACACUACUUUCACAUUAAAGUCACUCUCAUAGUCCACUUUAACCGCUUUCAUGUUAGAUGCAUUUAUUGGCAAAGGUGCUCCUUCAUCUUAUUUUGAACUUUUUUCCCUUUCUUUUUUGCUACUGUAUUUUUACUGAGUGAUGCUGCUAUCCGCAGGAAGAAGAAAAUUUUGGUUAAUGUGAUCGCAAGCUGUUCCUAGACAUACACUCCCUCAGGUGAAACCGUGUAGUUUUAAACGAGGAGCUGCACCACUAACAAACCGUGAAAGCUUGCGGUCAGCGAAGAUCUUCUGGAUCUCACUUGGCUUAGUGUCUAGUAAUUGCAAAUGACAUAUCAGAUAGACGCUACUAAGCUUGUAAAUCCUUGUAUUUAAUGCUGUGGUGCAGGAAGUCUGUUGCAAAGUUCAUCUGACAAGGUCAUUACUGCCUUAGUGCCUUCUUAUUUAUCCUCAGGAUCGAGAAAUUAGAAACUAUUUUUUGUUUACUACUUUGCUUUGAGACACCGGCCUUUAUCUGAUGGCACAUUGCAUGAUGUAUUCUGUUGAGAGGUGUACAGGUAACAUUGACUGACCUUUUUUUUUUUAGGUUAUAGUCAAAAUUAGUUCAGUUGAGUACAGUUCAUAUCAUUAUAAUAUCUCUUUCCAAAUAGCUUUUGGAAAUUUCUGUGAUUCCAGCUGUAGUAUUUUCUCACAUCCUGCAUCUGUAGUCCACAUGCCCUAAACUAUGAUGGUAUCUCUCCAGCCCCGAUCUCAACUCACAGGAAUCACUAAGGGCACAUGUCACUAAGGCGAAGGACGCACUAGGACUCACUAUCCAUUCCGCCUGACCUCUCUCUUCGAGUUCUCUGUGUUGAAGUCACAUGUUGGGUCUGGACAGUCAGUUCUACAUGUUUUGAACGGGAAUCGAAAGCAUUAUGAGGAAGCGACUGUCAAACAGGCGCCUUUUGUUUCGUUUUUUUUAUGGUUGUUUGACACAAGAAAAACUGCACUAACAACUUUCCAAAGUGGUUUUAAUAAAUGACUGUUGGACACUUUAGAGAGAUACUGUAGUAUAUUUUAUCAACGAUCUGCCAAUUUUACAGUGGUUUUUACUUCCACACAAGUCAAGCUAGUGGGAGAAUCAGCUAUACUGCUCGAAAACACAUCUUAGUACUGAAUACUUGAUCACCUGUUAAGAUGGCAUAUUUUGUUUGUCAGAAUAAUAAAACUGACAUUGAAAAGGGAUAUUUAAUUAAACUCUCAGUCUAGUUCACAUGCAGUUACAGAUACACUGAAGUGAAAAGUAUAUAUAUAUAUAUAUAUUUUUUUUUUUUUUGCUUUUACACUUAUGUGAGACUUAGAACUAGGUUUACCAUGAUUGACUCAAGGUAAUUAUCUAAUCUUGCUUUUGAAAUCUAACGUUAGAUUCCAGGAUAAUUGUAUAUGGCAUCAUGUUUGAGUUAAUGAAUUGGUCUAAUCGUUCCAAAAUUAACCUGAGAUUGUUUUAAUUUUACUUAUAUGUCGUAAUAUUCUACUUCAGUUGUAAUAUUUUGAGAUGAUUGUUUUGAUUUUGCAUGUUGUAAACUUUUGUAUAUAUAUUUUACUCUUAGUUGGGCUUGCUGCUUUUAGGUUUUUUUUUUCAUAGUGUUUCCGUGUGGUUCAUGUGUGCAUUUACUGAACACCUCUGGAUCAGCUUACCAGCAUUUUUCUUCUCACUGCAAACCACAAGAGAGGGGUGGGGCAUGAUUGGGGAGAGGCUUGGUUAGUAUGUGGGCGGAAACUACAUGUCUUUACAAAUCUGGCUUUCAAAUGCAAGAGAAUAGAUCCGAGUAGAGGAUGAUCAGGAGUGACAUUUACAUUCCAUUUAUUUCCUUUUGUGAUUUCUUGUACAUGUAAUUUAUGAUUCCCUUAUUCUUGAAUGGAUUUUGGGGGAUUUCUGUUUCUUGUACAUUUUUAAUUCUCAUUUAAAACUCUGAAAGGGCUGAAAAUUGAAUGUAAUCCAUGUUAUCAUUAUAAGAUACUAAUUCUGAGAAAUAUAUGCAUUGCUUAAA